AGAGUACUUUUUCAUAUUUGCUCGUUUGUCACCAUUUGUUCGAACCGGAGAAAAAUAAAAAAAAAUGGCAGUUACUCGAGACGAGACAGAAAACUGUUCAAGAAAAAUUAAUGGAAAUAUACCUGCAUUAUCCCUCAACAGUGACAAUAUGUCGACUUCAACAGAUAGUGAUGAUGUAGCAGACCCUUUAUCAGAAAUUAGGAACAUACAAAGCAUAAUAAACGUUACUCGGGAAAAUAUAGAUGCCUUGAACGCUAAAUUUGCUGGUUUCCAGCGGCCCCCCUCGCUUUAUUUAUCUGAAUACCAGGAGCUGACAUCAAAGUUGCACAAUUUGGAGCAGAGGGAGCGAAGUUUGCGUGAGUUGUUGCAAGGGGAUUCUCCUGACAAGAGUGAGGAAGUUUCGUUAGCUGAUGAUUCUAGGAACUAUGAUACCCUCACUCGUCAGCCGAAGGUGUUCUUGCGGGCGCACCUGCCCAACCAGCAGCGCACGAGCGUGCAAGUCAAGGAGGGCGUCUCGCUGCGGGACGCGCUCUCGAAGGCUCUCAACUUCCGUAACCUGAACAGUGAGGUGUGUGAAGUGGUGAGGACAGAGAAUAAUGAAGUGAUACCCUGGGACAUCGACAUCACCAAGAUUGAUGCGGAGGAGGUGACAGUGCGAACCCUGGACCGGCUCCCCAUCAUGACUCACAUCUCGCACCAGUUUACGCGCAAGACCUUCUUCACACUAGCCUUCUGCGAGUGCUGCCGGCGCCUGCUCUUCAACGGCUUCUACUGCUCGCAGUGCAACUUCAAGUUCCACCAGAGAUGCGCGGAUAAAGUGCCCAGCAUGUGCCAUCAGGUGCGAAUGACGGAUACAUACUACGCGGCGCUGCUAGCACAGAACCCAGAGACACAUGCAGGCAUCUUCAGGGAUCACCGGUCUGUGUCCCCCGCCAAGAAGAGAAUCUUUGACUGGCAAUCGCACCCGCGCUCGCUGAACCAGCACGACCGCUCCAACUCUGCGCCCAACGUGUGCAUCAACAUGGUGCAGCCGCGCGCGCUCACGCUGGCCGAGCACCAGCGCAGGAACAACCAGUGCAACAACAACAACUCCCCGCAGUCGGCCACGCUGGCGGCGACGCGGCCCGAGGACAAGGACGACAAGAACGGCGACCAGCAGUUCAGCCAGAGCACACAGGCGUCCCCGACGGGCACGAUCCGGCCGCGGCGGGCGCGCGCGCGCUCGGCCGACGAGUCGUGGAAGAAUGCCUUAUCGCCGCGAGAGAGCUACGACGACUGGGUCAUACACGCUGAUGAGAUACUGAUAGGACCUAGGAUAGGGUCUGGCAGUUUCGGCACGGUGUACAAGGCGCACUGGCACGGGCCCGUCGCCGUCAAGACGCUCAACGUGAAGACGCCCACGCCCGCGCAGCUGCAGGCCUUCAAGAACGAAGUGGCAGUCCUCCGCAAGACACGACACUGCAACAUCCUCCUCUUCAUGGGCUGCGUAUCCGCGCCGUCGCUCGCCAUCGUGACGGCGUGGUGCUCGGGCUCCUCGCUGUACCAGCACCUGCACGUGCUGGAGACCGCCUUCCCCAUGCUGUACCUCAUCGACGUGGCGCGCCAGACGGCCCAGGGCAUGGAUUAUCUACACGCCAAGAACAUUAUACACAGAGAUCUGAAGUCGAACAACAUAUUCCUGCGCGAUGACUGGUCGGUGAAGAUUGGGGACUUCGGACUCGCCACGGCCAAAGUGCGGUGGUCAGAAACGUCGGGCCUGGGCGGCGUGCAGUGGCAACAGCCCACGGGCUCGAUCCUGUGGAUGGCCCCCGAGGUCAUCCGCAUGGAAGAACCAGCGCCUUAUACGUUCCGCUCCGAUGUCUACGCGUACGGGAUCGUGCUGUUUGAACUGUGUGCUGCUGAGCUGCCGUAUAGCAAGCUUAAUAAUAAGGACCAGAUCCUGUGGAUGGUGGGCCGCGGCCUCCUCAGACCGGACGCGCGGCGCGUGCGCCAGGACGCCCCGCAGGCGCUCAAGAGACUCUUCGAAGACUGCAUCAAGUUCGACAAGGAGCAGCGCCCGCUGUUCCGACAGAUACUAGCGUCUCUGGAGAGCAUGCUGAGAGCCAUGCCUAAGAUUACUAGGAGUGCGAGUGAACCGAAUAUGAAUAGACAACUGCACGCGUCGGACGACUACCUGUCGUACAGCUGCGCGUCGCCCAAGACGCCCGUCAACUUCCAGUUCAACAACGACAGCAGCUUCCCCGCCUUCUACGGCAUUCCGGUGCCGAACCAACGGCAUCCAUAAGGGUUACUUCAGGGCUACGACUAGCCCUUGCCACCCUACACCGUGCCAGUGACUCGCGUGAGCCACUGGCACGCCUCGGACAGUGACAGCGAGCAAGACAGUGCCGUCUCGUUCACUCACGACCUCCACACCAGUGACAAUUGUGUUGAGUGCAACGCAUGAGGGGUGCAUACGUUACUAGUGACGCGGCGACUUUAGUGACUGUACUUACACGGUGCCAGUAAAAAGGACAGUGAUUUUUUGUUUGAUAAAGAGGUGAGAAUAUGGGGACUAUUGGGCUCAUUAGCUGGAUCUCCGUACGAUAUGUGGGAUCCGGCUAAGGUCCUCAUAUUUCAUUCUCUUUACUGUAGAUACUACUGACUCAUAACUUUAUAAGCAAAAUCUUGUACUCGUGCAGUUUGAAUUUUUUCUUUUAAUUUAAGUCGAAAGUGCUGGUACAGUUUGAACGUUUUGCAUACUAGUAAAUUAUUAUAAGUCGCCGCGUUACACAGCUAAUAGUGAUAGAUUAUGAUUAAAUAAAAAUAUAAAAUUUAUUAAUAUCUAGGAAGAAUGUAAGGUCUGAAUAGUAGCAUUGAACAAAUAAAAUAUCCAUUGAAAAGUGCACUUGAUAUCUGUCUCACGUUAUAAGUAAUUUUCUUAAGUAACAAGGCUAUUUUAAGAAUGCGAGUAGAAUUUUAAAUAUUACCUCCAGUGUAAAUAGACUUAGAAGUAUGUUGGUAAAUUUCGUUUAUCCACUCAAUUCACUAUGACUCAAAUUUGAAGACAAAAUUACUAUAAAUUUAUUAGAAUUGUACAUACAGUCAAUAUGUUAAGAUAAUUUUCGAGAUUUUCUACUUCUUACUAUUUAUUAGUAUUUGUAUCGAAUGUAAAUCAAUUUUCCUUUAUAUACUACACCAAUGGACUUAUUACUUUAUAAUAUUUAUUUCGCGAGUCUUGUUAGCCGCUUUGAGUCACCUAUAAGUAACCUAUUUGAGUAACUCUAAUUCACCAUCGGAAAAUACAGGCAAAGGUGAAAUCUAAUUGAUUAAAAUGAUUAUAGAGUACUAGGAGCGAUAAGAAAGUAUUAUUUACGAUUUAGGUUUAAAGCCGGAUGUAAUGUAUUCCUGAUUAAUUAUAAUUAUUAUAUUUAUAAUGUAAAUGGAUGUAAUUUAUUUCUUAUUUCUGUAAAUAUUCAUAUUGUAAUUAUUAAACUAUUAGUAAUAAUUGCUUAUCUAAGGAUUUUGUGUAUAAAGAUUAUAUUAUGGAUAAGUAUUCAGUCUAAGAAACACAAUAAAUUAUUGUUUCAUUUAAAA